AUGGUUUUGUCUAUGAAACGUUCUUUGGGAUCUGAAUCUGCGUCAUCCUCCAAGAAGCCUUGUCUCAAGUCUAGAUUGCCUGGACUCGCGUCUGCUGGAAAGAAAUGCGAGUGGUUAUUGUCGAAGAAGACCCGUGGUGACUCUUCGUCCAGCGAGGACGACGAGUCUGCUGACGAGUAUGUCUCUGAGUGCAACAACAACAAGUUAAGGAAGCAGAGGAGAAACCAGCGUAACAUUGCCAAGGCUUUUAUGGCAGCGCCAUUGGACAGCAAAUUGUCAAAGGCUGUUGCUCAGUACAGCGAUGACGAUGCCGACCAGGAGAACUACGGCUUCGGACCACAGUCUCCACAUAUUCGUCGGCUUUCUCUAGGAAGUAACAUCAUUUCACUACCAUCUCCUCCAUACAAUGCUCAAGGCAUGCCCAAGGAUGGUCACGUUUCGGCGUCUGGAUUUGCCAAGGUCAAGAGGCCACUACCCGAGUCGGACUUUAGAGCUAGAUCGAGAUGCUUUGAGUAUCUGAUCACUUCGAUAGAUGAAGCAUGGGCCAGAUAUUGCGACGCAACUACGUAUGCGGAAGACGAGGUUUAUGGUUUCAACCAGUCCGGCAGAAUGAUGCCAGAGACACCUGAGUCGAUUCCAAUGUCGGACGAGGAAGAGGGCUAUAAGUCCACGAUCUCUAAUUCGACCGCCAUCACUGACUACGAAAGCGAUGGUGACCUAACCAAGUUUCGCAUUUCUGAAAAUCCGUCGAAUAUCAAGCUCCAGGAGCUCAAGGACCGCCUUACCAAGGCCAAGUACUACCUCCAAGACUUCGUGGAUUCUGAUGCUGUGAGGGACUGUCUUUCCUUCUGGAGAAGAUGGGACCUCAUCAAGUAUGCUACCAUUGAUCUCGUCGAAGAUGACGACGACGACGAUGUUAUCGAAAACACGAUCGAAAGUCUCGAGGAAGGCCGUUACUAUGGCUCGCUCAAUUGA